CAAACAACAAGUACGACUGAAGUAAAGACUAGGCGUGGCGUCAAGCAAAGCGUGUUCUCUUUCUCUGGUUCUGGUCUUCAAAGGACCACGAAGGUGAUAAAUCAGGAACCUGAGGGAACAGAGGCAACUCCUACCUGAAGAAGAGUGAUCGUUCAAGAGUGAUCGGUCAAGAUGUAUGCCUUCUACCGUGAGAUCCACCCCCCUACUGGGGUGGAGCACUGCGUCUACUGUCAUUUCUUCUCCCCGGACCAGCAGAACCUGGUGGUGGCAAAGGGCUCGGAGCUCACCGUCUAUUCCAUGAUCACUGUCGACUCCAACAAGCCCACAGACAAAGAUUCUAAACCCAAGAAUAAGCUGGAGGAGGCUGCCACGUUCCACAUCUUCGGCAAGGUGAUGUCUAUGCAGAGCGCUCAGGUGACAGGGUCAGGACGGGACGCUCUUCUUCUCAGCUUCAUGAAUGCUAAGGUAUCCAUUGUCGAGUAUGAUCCUAACAUGCAUGAUCUGAAGACGCUCUCUAUGCAUUACUUUGAAGAAGAUGAAACCAAGGAGGGAGUUUAUCGUAACAUUUUCCACCCCGUGGUGAAAGUGGACCCUGACCAUCGAUGUGCCAUCAUGCUAACCUAUGGCUCCAAGCUUGUGGUCCUUCCAUUCCGUAGAGACGGCUUGGUGGAAGACCUUGAUAAGUCUAUGAGUGCAAGUACUCGACGCGGAGCCCUGAUGCCCAGCUACGUGAUCAGGCUGAAUGAAAUGGACGAUCCGAUUUGUAACGUUCUAGAUAUUCAGUUCCUGCACGGGUACUAUGAGCCUACAUUACUCAUCCUCUAUGAACCACUCCGCACUUGGGCAGGGCGUGUAGCAGUGAGACAGGAUACCUGUUCCAUAGUGGCCCUGUCCCUCAACAUGGCCCAGAAGGUCCAUCCUAUCAUCUGGUCUCAGAGCAGUCUACCCUACGAUUGCAUGCAGGUCCAAGCUGUUCCAAAGCCCAUUGGUGGUGUUUUGAUCUUGGCGGUAAACUCUCUCCUCUAUCUGAAUCAGAGUAUUCCACCGUAUGGUGUCUCUCUCAACUCACUCACAGACUGGAGUACUGCUUUCCCCCUAAAAACCCAAGAAGGAGUGAAGCUAUCAAUGGACUGCACCCAGGCAACGUUCAUCUCCUAUGAUAGACUGGCGCUGUCCCUCAAAGAUGGAGAGAUAUAUGUCUUGACUCUUCUUGUCGAUGGGAUGAGGAGUGUUCGAGGGUUUCAUCUUGAUAAGGCUGCCGCCAGUGUGCUCACAACAUGCAUAUGCCCCAUGGGAGACGGGUUCCUCUUCUUAGGUUCACGUCUGGGUAACUCUCUAUUAUUGAAAUACACCGAGAAAGUAUCAGAAACCAGUCCAACAGAUGCAUCGAAAACUGAGGAACCGAAACCGGUAAGAGAAAUAAGUUACUUUUGA